CCUACCAACGGUGAAAUUGUGUUAUAAAGCAGACACAAAAGCAUUGAGGAAGGGAGAGAGUUCUUAUUCAUUGAUCAACACUGGAACUUUCUGAAAUGUCUCUCUGCAAUUUGUACUCCCGAAACACUCCCAGAAUUCUCUCUCUCCAAAUCCAAUUUCUCGUUGUCUCUGUACAUUUCUCAAGCUUUUUGUUUACAGCGUGAUUUCACCGACACCGUUCGUCCUAAGUUCUUUGCAGCCUCAAGAACCCUACAUUUAUUUUUAUUUUUCCAUUGUUUUGACUGAUUUUGAAGGAUUAGGGUUUGAUAGCUUCUGGUCGAGUCCAUUCUCACAGACCUACGUUUUGGUUUGUCUCCUGUGAAGAUGUUCUUCACAGGUGAUUCAACCAAUCGUAAAAGAGUUGACUUAGGGGGUCGAAGCUCUAAGGAGAGAGAUAGGCAGAAGCUUCUAGAACAGACCAGGCUAGAAAGGAAGCGGAGGCUAGGGCUUAAGCAAGAAACUCUUGCUGCAAUUAAAAUUCAGAAAUGUUUUAGGGGGAGGAAGGCUGUUGAAGCAGAACGCUUGGAGGUGCGAGAACAAUUCUGCAUUAAGUUUGGGGAGAGAUGCGAGAAGGUAGACAGGCAUUGCUUUGGCCCUGAAUCAGAGUUUUUGCGGCAGUUACUCUUCUUCUUCAGCUUGCAUGACCGAGAUGAUUUUAUCCGGCUUGCUGAAACCUGUCGAGUACUUCACCAAUUCAUUAAAUUCGAUGGAAAUGUCAAGAUUCUCUUUGCUGGCGACGAUUUACCAUCGAAUCAAGCUAUUGUGGAGAAUAGAGUCAAGCGGCUCACAUUUCUUUGCCUACAAGCUAUCCAUCACAAUAGGGCUUGGUUGAAGGACCAACUUUUGAUGCCUCCUGAAUCAAAUGACAAACCUGCAGUCAUCUUUCUAGAGGCCAUUUUUUCUUUAACUGAACCUGGGCUCCCAUGGGUUUGUAAACUUGUGGAGUAUGUUUCAAAAAGAAAUGCCUUUGGCUUGUUACGAGACAUAAUUCUCACAAUUCAAUGUGCAGAAAAAGGAUAUGAUUCUGCAAGUAUUUCUUCCUUGGAGCGUGCUCUUAUACAUAUUUCUUCUCAUGUUGCUCAACCACGGUGCGUUUGUCCAAAAAUUGAUCCAAGGUGGAGUUUCCCUGUACAAAUCCUUACCAUUCCACUCCUGUGGAAGCUUUUUCCGUGUUUUAUGAAGGUGUUUGCAACUCAGGGCCUGAGCAAAAUAUAUGUGCAUGAAAUGGCAUUGUUUUUACCUGGUCAUGUUAAUUAUCUUCCUCCAGAUGGUGCACCUGGGUUUCCAGGCUAUGCUUGCCUUCUUGGUAAUUUGCUAGAAGCUGCUGGAAUAGUUUUGUCUCAACCGAACUGUGAAUUUCAAGUGGCUGUGGACUUCUCAGUUGUUGCAGCAUUUCUGCUGGAUGCAUUGCCACCAUCGUUAUUAUCCAAUGGAACUCCCAAAGAUUCAACCGAGAAUGAUGAUAUUAUGGAUGAGGAUGGGGAACAUUCAAAAGCACUCUUAAGCAAAAAUUUGGAAAAGCAGAUUUUUGAUUCAAUCGAUUCUAGCUUUCUUAAAAACAUGGUAUCUGUUUUAUUCAGAGAUACACCAAACCGUAAAGCAGAUGGGCAAAAUGAUGCUGAGAUACGUGCUAUUGGUGCCGUCUGUGCAUUCCUGCAUAUGAUUUUCACUAUUUUACCUCUCGAGCGUAUUAUGACUGGGCUAGCUUACACUACCGAGCUUGUUCCUCUACUUUGGAAAUUUAUAAAAUGUUGUCACGAGAACCAAAAAUGGCCAUCUUUAUCAGAAUUACUGACAUGCUCACCUGGUGAUGCCCCUGGCUGGUUGCUUCCUCUCUCUGUGUUCUGUCCUGUAUACAGGCACAUGCUCAUGAUCAUUGAUAAUGAAGAGUUUUAUGAGCAGGAAAGGCCACUCUCUUUACAAGAUAUCAGAGUCCUGAUUACUUUCUUAAAAGAGGCUUUAUGGCAGCUUCUAUGGGUCAGUCCUGGAAAGCUGCCAUCCUUACUGAAAGCAGCAAAGAAUAUCUCCAAUCUGAGAAGACUCUCUGUUCAGUUCAUUCAACACAAAGUUAGCGGUGGAACUUCUGAGCUCUUGGCACAGCUGCAAGAUUGGAAUAACAGGCGACAAUUUACAUCACCAAACGACUUUCAUGCUCGUGAAGCAGCUGAUGAGUUAUUUGUUUCCCAGGCAAUAAAUAAAAAUACUAGAGCUCGUGACCUACUGAAACAAGCACCCUUUUUGGUGCCAUUUACAAGCAGGGUUCAAAUUUACACUAAACAAUUAGCCACUGCACGUCAGAGUAGCAGUCCACAUCCUUUUCCCCGUCACAAUUUCACAAUACGGCGUGAUCACAUUGUCGAAGAUGGUUUCAGUAAAUUAAGCCUAUUGUCAGCAGAGGAUCUCAAGGGAAUGAUUCGAGUUACGUUUGUUAAUGAACUUGGAGUUGAAGAGGCUGGUAUUGAUGGUGGUGGGAUUUUCAAGGACUUCAUGGAGAACAUCACUAGAGCAGCUUUUGAUGUACAGUAUGGUUUGUUUAAGGAAACGGUGGAUCACUUAUUAUUCCCAAAUCCUGCUUCUGGAAUGAUCCAUGGAAGCCAUCUAGAAUACUUUCGAUUUCUUGGAAAUGUCCUUGGGAAGGCCAUGUUUGAGGGUAUUCUCGUGGAUAUACCGUUUGCUACAUUCUUCUUGAGCAAAUUAAAGCAAAAGCACAAUUACCUGCAUGACCUACCUUCCCUGGAUCCAGAACUGUAUAAGCACCUUCUUUUUUUAAAGCAUUAUAAAGGUGAUAUAUCCGAACUUGGUUUGUACUUUGUGAUCGUAAACAAUGAGUAUGGAGAGCAGACUGAGGAAGAGCUCCUUCCUGGGGGAAGAGAUAUACAAGUUACUAAUGAGAAUGUUAUAAUGUUCAUUCACCUUAUUGCCAAUCAUCGGUUGAAUAUCCAGAUACGUCAACAAAGUUUAAAUUUCUUGCAAGGAUUUCAGCAACUUAUACAGCCUGAAUGGAUAGCAAUGUUCAAUGAACAUGAACUUCAGCUUCUCAUAUCAGGUUCACUUGAGGGAAUGAAUGUUGAUGAUCUACGUUCCAAUACACACUAUACUGGAGGUUAUCAUGAGAAACAUCCUGUCAUUGAGAUGUUUUGGGAGGUUGUCAAGAACUUUUCUUCAGACCAUCAGAAUAAGUUUUUGAAGUUUGUCACUGGAUGCUCUCGAGGACCACUGCUUGGAUUCAAGUACUUGGAACCUCAGUUCUGCGUUCAAAGGGCUGCUCCGGACCAUGCUUCUGAAUAUGAUCUUGAUCGUUUGCCAACAUCUGCAACCUGUAUGAAUCUUUUGAAGCUCCCUCCAUACAAGAGCAAAGAGAAACUGGAAACGAAGUUAAUUUAUGCAAUCAAUGCGGAUGCCGGAUUUGAUUUAAGCUGAAGUACUAAAAUACCUCCCCGCAAUCGAACUGGGAACAUAGCAGUUCAAAAGAACCUGGAGCUUCUCCAAUCCAACGGUCAGGAACUCAUGAUGAGGCAUGUUGUGGGCUGUAUACACAGAUGGAAUGAUGCACCAUUACAGCUCCGUGUCUUGUGGCAGGCAAGAUGGAUUCAUCACCUGUCAGCUAUACACUUUUGCUGCUGUGUAUAUAUUCUCCAUUGUAUUUUGGUUAGUCUGGUUCUGUUUUACUUAUAGAAGUGUAUAUAGAUGUACAUCUUCGGGGAAAAUGUGUCAAUUGGAGACUCGUUUCCAUUUUGAAAAUUAAAUUCCAACGAUUUGUGUGCCCUGUUGAUAAACCUAUGGGCAGUUUUUUUU